AUGUAUUCUCUUCUCUCAAUUUUUCCCCAAUUUAUAGACAGUAGAUGUAAUUCCUGUUCAUGUCCCUCCUGCCUCCAUUUUUCUCAUCCCUAUUCUAAUACAGUAGAUGUGUUCCUGUCUUAUGUCCCUCCUGCCUCCAUUUUCUUAUCAUCCUUAUUCUGUGUCAUUCUCUUCCUCAAUGUUCCUAAUCUAGAGAUUGCAGAUAUAACUCCUGUCUAUGUCCUUCCCUGUCAUCCCCAUUACCUUCUACUCCAUUUUCUUUUAAUCCUAGACAACUCUCACAGCUCAUCUAUAGACUGUCUAUGUCUAUGUCCUCCUCCGCCUCCAUUUUCUUAUCCUUAUUCUAAUAAUAUUUCUCACUCCUCAAUUCUUUCCAAAUCUAUGACAAUAGAUGUAAUUCUGUCUUUGUCCCUCUACUCUCAAUUCUUUCCUAAUCUAGAGACAGUAGAUGUAAUUCCUGUCUAUGUCCCCUGCCUCCAUUUUCUUCUUAUCCUUAUUCUAAUGUCAUUCUCUACUUCACUCUUUCUUAAUAGACAGACAGUAGAUAAUUCCCGUCUAUGUCCUCCUGCUCCAUUUUCUCAUCCCUAUUCUAAUGUCAUUCUCACUUUCAAUUUUCCUAAUCUAUAG